AUCAGUGUUAUAUUCACCACAAAAUGGCUGAGAGAAAAAUAUCUUGAAAGGAUUUUUUGUUAAGACAGAUGGAGCAACAAGCGGAACAAGUGCUGUCUCUACGUUUGUCCCGUGUUUUGGACGACAUCGGGGUGAACAGGUACAUGAUCGCCAGGAGGAGGAGGGCGUGGCUGAAGAGGGAGACAAGCGGGACAAUCGGUGCAACAUUAAAGGGUAUAAACCAUAAAUUCUAUCACUUUGGCAGCCAGAGUGAGGGAACUACAACACUUGGCAUGCAAUCAGACAUUGAUACAUUGUUCUGCACUGAUUUCCCCGUCAUAUUGGACUGGGAUGAGUGGCAGCAGAGAAAGUAUCAACUCCUUGUUGUCAAGACAGACCAGUUCCCACCCCAGCACUGUUGGCUUCAACAGCUGAGACCUGACAUUCCAUUACCAGAGACACAGGUCACACUCCCCAGUGAUGUGAUAGACAAUGAAGGCAGAGUGCUGCAUACAAACUCUCUGAUGGAAGCCCAUGACAUUAUCAGAAAAUAUAGCUCAACAGGUGAAAUAGUGCAACAUGGUCCAUCUAGAAGCAAUGAUGAAAAUGAUUAUGUUCUUGCCUAUCACUGUUGCAGUCUCCCAAACGAUUGUCAGUUCCUGUUCCACAGACCCCGGCCUGGACACUGGCCCAGAGCUGACACACUUGCCAGGGCCAGACAAGUUGGAGUGUUUCUGGUGCCACAGGGAUAUUCGGAGUCUCCUUCAAGGCCAAUCAGGUGUCGCUCUUCUGCACUCCAUGUCAUCCCACAUGACCCCUGUUAUCCACAAUCAAACUGGGAAUGGAGGUUUUCUACAUCAAUGAUGGAAAGAUUACUGAUGUUUGACAUGAACACUGUGCAGUACAAGACAUAUGUAUUCAUUAAAAUAUUAAGAAAAACUUUCUUAAAGCCUGUUGUUGGAGACCGUCUCAGUACGUUUCACAUGAAGACUGCAAUGCUGUUCACAAUAGAGACAUAUCCACCAGAGAUAUGGAGAGAAGAAAACCUUGUACAUUGUGUGAUCUACUGUCUGACCACACUUCGCAGGUGGCUGAAGUUGAAACACUGCCCACACUACACUAUAGCUAGAGUGAAUCUUUUAACAGGGAAACUAUUCAAACAUGAACUCCCAAUAUUGUCUGCAAUGCUUUCCUCCUUAAUGGAAUCCAAUAUGCCCUACAUUCCACAGAUAGACAUGGAUUUACUUGGAGACAAGAUGUUGGGUAUAACCAGAAGCCUUGUUUGUGAAAGUUACGAAAGGAAGAAAAACAAUCAACUGAUCCUAACAAAGCUGAAUAAAGUAUGCAAUAAUUCAAUAGUAGCAGAGCAUAAAGAUGUCAUAACUGAAUUUUCUAUGUACACAUGGGACGAGCUCAAUGCACUCAUUAUAGAAUAUCUUCACACUUUACAACAAAUAUCCCAAAAUGGGACAGCCUUGGAACAAGAAACAGCUACAAUGAUCAUGCCUCUGUUGUAUAGUUCAUUUGCUUCCCUCAUAGCCUCUAUGUGUAUUCACAUAGGCCAAUCAAUAACACAGGACAUUCUCCACCUGUACCACCUGUCCUUUGACUCUGAUCUUCUUUCCAGUAGACUUAAGUUUGCCUCCAUGUUGUACUGCAAUGGGCAGUAUGAUGCAGCAGCAAACUGCCUGGUCUACUGUGAGGGACUGCUGGGACCAGAAGUGUGGCAAUCAUGCAAUUGUAUUGGAAGACUUCAAAUCAAACCAAGCAGUAAGUUCCUAGACAAGACUGAACAUUCAUCAAAUAAAGACAUACUACAGAAGUUUACUGCCAUAUGUGUAUUUUUCAUGCCUCAAGAAAUGUGCUGUGUACCAGAACACCUGGUGUAUGAAAUGUUCAGAACUGUAGGAGAUGAAGACAGGCAACAGAGACGCCCAGCAACAAAUUAUAAGUGGAUGGACCUAGCCGUGAUUGACUGUAUCCCUUUCCUCUACUACCUGCAGUACCUCACAUACAGGCAACUGAAUAUGCAUCAUAGGAAAGAUGCAGUACGAGCAAAGCUUCACCACUAUAUACAUACGGACAGUCAAGGCCAUGGUCACAUAGAGACAGCCUUAAACAUGAUGGGCAACUGCUAUGAACUUGAAAACAGACUGGAUGUUGCAUGGAUGUGCUACUCCACAUCUUUAGAAAUCUACCCCAGAAACAAUGCAGCCAAUUGGCAUGUGGCCAGAAUACUGCAUCAGCUAGUUAACAGCUAAAUACUUCUGUAAAUAAAAUUGAAGUAUUCAAGUAUUGGUGAUAUCCUCACCAAUGAGGAUGUGCAACAUAUAAAAUUGAAAAAAUAAAAUGAGACUUACUUAGUUUUGAUCAUGAGUGCCCUGGGAAUGUAGACCUUCCCUUGAAUCAUCUUGAACAGUCGCUCCAAGUGCUGAAACACGAGGCAUAAACAACUGUCUGAGCAUAAAGAGAAAAGAAAACUUUCUUGAAUCAAUUUUAAUACUACAAAUGUAAUCAAGAAUCAUAAAUUGUACAAAAUAUUAUUAAGAAUGUUUUUUCUUAACUGUUUAUGUAUAUUUUCUAGCUAUGAUGGAAAUAUUGUCAAAGAAUUUUCACGGUAAUACUAACAUCACAAUGAAUAUAUCAAUGAUAAUGAAUUGUAAUACAAUUUGUUGAUAAACUGUAUUACCAUAAAAACUGUAUUACCAUAAAUGACUGUGUAUAGCAUGCAUCCAUAAAAGCAGGCAAAUAAUACAUAAAGAACAGGAAAAAAGACCUAAAUCGUCUACACUAAAAUUAUCUUAUAUCAUAAAUUAAAAAAUCCAUAAUGUUUGCUUACAAUGCCAAUAUUUAUCAUAACAAGAGCUGUCACAGAGACAGCGUGCUCGACUAUUUUGCCGCUUUUCAGGAUUGGCGAAACUUGCAUAGAUCACUGUAGUGUAAGAUAAGAAUGUUGCCUGCAAAGAUUUGUGUAAAAUUCAAAUAUAUUUAGCCUUUAAUGAAAUAAAAACAUGAUGGAAAUAGCAUGUAAUACAUUAAAGGAUUAUAGCUUGUAUAUAAUGAUAUUCUAAGUCCAAUAAUAAAGGGCCAUUAUUUGCAAAAUACAAAUAUCUAACUUGGUUAUUCAAGUAGGUUGGGUGGUUGAGUACCAUUGUAUAAAGUCUCAAUGCAAUACAUCAAGUAGUUGAUGAGAUAGUAACAUAUGUGUGUUUACAUGCCAAACCUUAACCAGAUUUUCUAUGUUGAAUAAUAAAGAGCAAUUAUUUGCAUUAAAUGCAAACUAGAGUUAUUUUACUUGGUUUUUAAAGUAGGUUGGGUGGUUAUAUAGCAUUGUAUAAAGUCUCAAUGCAAUACAUGAAGUAGUUGCUGAGAUAUUAACCUAUGUGUGCUAACAUGCAAGACCUUAACCAGAUUUUCUAUGUUGAAUAAUAAAGAGCAAUUAUUUGCAUUAAAUGCAAACUAGAGUUAUUUUACUUGGUUUUUAAAGUAGGUUAGGUGGUUAAAUAGCAUUGUAUAAAGUCUCAAUGCAAAACAUGAAGUAGUUGCUGAGAUAUUAACCUAUGUGUGCUAACAUGCAAGACCUUAACCAGAAUUUCUAAGUCGCAUAAAAAAGGGGCAAAAAUUAUAUAAUAUGCAAGAUUAUAAGUAUCUUCCAUGGCCGAGAGUGUAAGAUAGGUUCAUUCCGACCCGAGCGUAGGGUGUUUUGCUGAAACGAGGUUUACCUAUCUUACACCAGCGGCUAUGGUAGAUGCUUCGUCUCCCACCUGAUUUUUUGCUGGAACUCUUUUGCGGAACUCUUUUGUGAUUAGUGAAAAAAAAUGCGUACGGAUAUGCAAUAAUUCGUGGUUGUCAUGGAUAUUUGCGCAGUGAUUCACAGUAUGUAAAUGGUUUGAUCGGUCUUUAAAUAUGCAUGUUUAUUUAUCAUUUAAAUACAAUAUGGUCAAAAAUCAAAAACCAUAAGUAAGACACAGCCAUUUUUUUCUCAGGAAAAAAGUGAG